AUGACGAAUCCUGCUGUCGUCCUCUUCAAUUGGUCUAGCCUGUCGAUAUUCGUCCUUGCGAAUAUACCUCAAGGUUUGAUGACUCGCAGUGAAGUACGCCUAGCAAUGCAGCUAUUGAUACCCGCAAUUCUUGCAAUCAGCCAUCGCUUCCUCAACGUUGGAGCCGAAAUAGCCUGUCUUUUGAUAGCCACAUGGGUUUAUAACGACCUAAAAGCAAUGAUGAUGGGUGGAUACAGCGCAACUUUCUCGCUGCUCUUGCUUUCUGAAUUUGCAAUCGGAAUUCUUUGA